CACUCUUGCCGAAACUGUCUCCCCACUCUUGCCCGACACGCACAGCUAUUGCCCGCGGGCAAACGGGCGCCCGCGGGCAGUGAAAAUUGCCCAGGCCUGCCCUAGAGGAUUGCGAUGCCGCGGAGUUUGUGGACGUGGGGCCGCGUAGAAAUAGACACGAGGAGGAGGGGAAGGAGCCGCGCGUAAACGGGACGAGAGUCGCGCGGUCUAUUUUUGCAGGACGGACUUCGCGGUGACGCUUCCACUGGGAUCCCCUUCUCUCCCUCUCUCUCUCUUUUCUUUUCUUCCGGGUCCUGGAUCACCGCCUUCCCCGAGACUCCGCUGGUGAACCGGUCAGGAUGACGGAGAAUUUACCCGAGGAGGUGACGAAGUCGAGCUUCCGCCGCAAGGUGUGGGACUACAUGACGAAGAAUGAGCUGGUCAACUUCCCCGUCAACAUAUACAAGCGUAUACCGAACUUCAAGGGCGCCGCGGAGGCGGCGCAGCGGCUGAUCGAACUGGACGUGUUUAAGAAGGCGAGAGUCAUCAAGAUAAAUCCGGACAAGCCGCAGGAGCCGGUGAGGUUCUCGGCCCUGGAGGCCAACAAGGAGAUCGUCGUGCCUAUCCCCAGGCUGAGAACCGGCCUGUUCCUACAUGUCACGCCAGUCGCCGGCGCGACAAAGGAACAGCUGAGAGCGCUGGCUUCCAUGCGCGGUCUGGAGCAAGCGGGCAAACCGCUUGGACUAGAUUCUCAUAUCAAGGUAGACCUCGUCGUGCUGGGGUCUGUGUGCGUCAGCCAGGACGGAUACAGGCUCGGCAAAGGAGAGGGCUUCGCCGAUCUUGAGUUUGCGAUGAUGAUGAGAAUGGGCACGAUAACAGAGAACACGAUUGUUGUCACGACGGUGCACGAUUGCCAAGUCGUAGACCACCUACCGCCGCAACUGUUCAGAGAAUAUGACGUGCCGGUAGACAUAAUUGUCACUCCGACGCAAACUAUAUACGUAGAGUCGAGACUGAAGAAGCCGUCUGGCAUUCUGUGGCACAUGCUUAGCGAGAGAAGACUCAAAACCAUGCAGGUAUUACAGCAGCUCAAAGAGAUGGAUGAGAACGACGGCAAGGUCGUGGUCCUGAAGGAAGUCGAUUCCGACGUGGAGACGCGCCACUAUGUCAAGAACCGCGCUAAGUAUCCGAGAAACAAGAAGCGCUUCAGUGCAAAGAGAGACGCGUCUAAUGCGGAGAACCACGCCGUGGAAGGCGGCAAGGAUAAAGUUGACAAGCCGCGCUUCCCACGAAGACGAACGUAUAAGAAGCCAAAAGCCGAGGAAGAAAGUAAUCCUCUCAAUGCUGAAGUACAAAAGGUGGAAAACAGCAGCAGCAAGAACGCGUCCCGGCGGCGUAAGAAUCUUCGUGCUCGAACGAAAACACAUAUCGAUUUCUCGUUGAAGCUCUCCAACAUCUCGUCCGGCGUGAGAGUCCGCGAUCUGAAGAACGCUCUGUUGAUGCGUGGCGUCAAGCCGAGCGAGAUAACUUGGCAGGGCUACCGCGGCAUCUGUUACCUCCACUUCAGCAAACUCAGGAGCGAGGCCGCUCCGCCGGAUCAGCCGGUUCAGGUAGAUUCGAUCGUGGCGAAUUUGCAGCAGCUCCGAAUCGGUGAGUCCGUCAACGACGAGGAGGGAUUUAUAUACGUGGAACCCGCGAAACCGAUUUCCAGAAUUGAAGUGACCGACGUGACGACCGUCUAAAACGUCUAUCGAAAAGCUACAUCGAACAUGUAAUUACGUGUUGUUUCUUGGCCGUUUAUAUUUCGAAUGUAGGGACGGACGUCUUCAAAAGUCAAUCCAUUUUCUACGAGAAUUUUGUCAUGUAUACCGAGUGUCUCGGACAAUACGCGCUUCUUCUCAGUUAUGAGUUCUUUAGUGAAUUUUGUGUGUUUGUGAAAAGUAUAGCAAAUAUUGAAUUGGCAUUCUCUAGCUUUCUCUCCUUUCUUUCAUUAUUCUGCCCAUUAAUUUAAGAGUCACUUUAAUUAACAGCCAUUAAUUAAAGCACACUUUGAUUGUUUAAUCAAGUAUUUCUUAAAAUUAAGCGAAUUAAGUGGGCCAUGACUAAGUACUUAUGAUAUUAAUACGAUGUCAUAUCAUAAUUUAAAUUGCCAAUUUGAUUGUAAUAGCUGGAAGAAAUUGCACAACUUUUGGGGCAUCUGUACCUUAAUUUUUUUUUAAUAGACAUUAGCUUGAAUACUUAAAGCACACGCAUUAUAUAUUGACGUUAUUAGCAUGCGUUUAUGUUAUUUUAAAUCUAUAUUGGAGUUGUGUACUUGCGAAUUACCGAACACAUCGAUGACGAGAAUUUGCAUUCGGUUUAAGCUAAGAUGUGAUAUAUUCCUAGUAUAGUGCGAAUAUUAAUAUUUAAUAUUAAUAGUUAUUACAAUUAACAUAGACAUACCGCAUAUUUUUUGGUUAAUGAUUUUAUUUAUACUACUUUUGUAUUAAUAAGCCGUUACAUUUUGACGAGAAUACAUCGGGUAACUUUCCAAUGAAUUCGUCGCAACGCCCAUGAAAUAAUCUGUGAUCAAAAGAUACUUAGGAAUAAGAUAGUUGGUCCAUGGGGAGAAACAAUAACAAGCACGAGAUCUGAAUAAAUUGAAUAGUUGAGAGAUAAAAAGAUGAUUAUCAAGAUUGUAUUAAAUCGACGAAUGUAUGUUCGCGCUAUUCCAAAGUGAAAUAUUUUCUUUGAUUUGUUGACGGUCGGGUUUUUAACUCUUAGUAAUUUUAAGGCAGUGCUUUGCAAACUUUCAAUGCGUAAUGAUAACUAGUAAACUAUAUUUUUGACAUCUUCAAAAAUUCUUCCAAAACGAUAAAUUGAUUAGUGUACAAUUAGACCCGCUGAUUGUAUUAAAUCGAGGAUGGAAUGUUUAAUCGUUACUCAUUGAUGAGAAAUAAUUCGGGUAGUUAAUCCUCUCUGAAACCAUUAGUGAAACGUCAGAAUUAUAUUUGCUUUUAUAUUAACUGUUGGCGUGGAUCAAAGUACUGUAAGAUACAAUAUGCGUGAUCUAGAAUUGUGGAAAAAUUACAUGCCUAUAUAUAUGUCGAUUGUUGUCGUGUCUCUUCAUGGAAUAGCAGAAAUUACACGUUCUGAAUUACUUUUUUCGUUCUCUGCAAAACUAUGAGUUGAGAUUAAUAGACAGAGUAGAGUGCAUAUCUGCGAUAAUAUCUGAUGGUAAUUAUCUAAUGUUAUAGACUGAUGACAAUAGUUUAAGUGUCGUUUAUAAAGGACACCCGAGACAAAUAGAAGUAAUCAAUAUUUCUUCUCAUGUUUAAACAAAGAAAGAGUACUCUAUUUUUCUGAAAAAAACACACACACAUAUAUAUAUAUACAUACAUACGCAUAUUCUAAAAGAAGAUAUAUACAAAUAAUAUAUUUUCAUGCUCUAGCCGCUUUUUAGACAUGUUGCGGUCUUCCAUAUAUUGCCAUUCGAGCGUGCAGGGAAAACAAUAGGUGCUUGUGUGUCGGCUGAAAAAGCAGAGAAACGGCAAUACUUUGUGAUAUUAACAAAUAUGAGUUACUUUAUUGUUUCUAAUUGUGCUGGUGACGUAGAACUAAUGGCGAUUGUUUCUACGCGCAAUAGACUUAUCUCGCUAUUUACUUGCAUAUAUAUAUAUCAUGUAUAAAAAUCUUGCGUAUAUAAAGGAAAUGUUUCUUUUUUUAUCAAAA